UCCAAUCCCAUUGUUGUCACACGGGCUUUUAUCUUUCCUUCUUUUAGAUGUUCUUGAUAGUCGCUCCACUUUCUGUCCUCUACAACUGGAAAGAUGAAUUGGAUACGUGGGGGUACUUCAGAGUCACUGUGCUACAUGGCAGCAAGAAAGACAGUGCGCUGACCCGCGUGAAGCAGAGCAAGUGUGAGAUUGCUCUAACGACAUAUGAGACGCUGCGCCUGUGUCUGGAUGAGCUGAACAGUUUGGAGUGGGCAGCUGUCAUUGUGGACGAAGCCCAUAGAAUCAAGAAUCCAAAGGCCAGAGUGACAGAAGUUAUGAAAGCUCUACGGUGCACCGUCCGCAUCGGCCUCACUGGAACCAUCCUGCAGAACAACAUGAAGGAGCUGUGGUGUGUUAUGGACUGGGCUGUGCCAGGGCUUUUUGGAAGCAGGGUCCACUUCCAGAAGCAGUUUUCUGACCCGGUAGAACAUGGCCAGAGACACACAGCAACAAAAAGAGAAUUGGCGACAGGCCGGAAGGCCAUGUGCAGGCUUGCCGAGAAGAUGUCGGGCUGGUUUCUCAGGAGGACCAAAGCUCUCAUCCAGGAUCAGUUGCCCAGGAAGGAGGACCGGAUGGUUUAUUGUGCUUUGACAGACUUCCAGAAAGCUGUCUAUCAAACGGUGCUGGAGACAGAAGAUGUGACUUUGAUCCUCCAGUCUUCUCAGCCUUGUACCUGCAGCAGCGGCCGGAAGAGGCGAAACUGCUGUUACAAGACCAAUUCACAUGGUGAAACAGUGAAAACCUUGUAUCUCAGUUACCUUACAGUCCUUCAGAAGGUGGCUAACCACGUCGCCCUGCUGCAGGCUGCCAGCACCUCCAGACAUCAGGAAACUCUUACCAAACGGAUAUGUGAGCAGGUAUUUUCCAGAUUCCCAGGUUUUGUGCAGAAGAGCAGAGAUGCAGCCUUUGAAACGCUGUCUGACCCUAAAUACAGUGGGAAGAUGAAGGUUCUUCAGCAGCUUUUAAAUCACUUCAGGAAAAGCAGAGACAAGGUUCUUCUCUUCUCCUUUUCCACCAAGUUGCUGGACGUGCUGCAGCAGUACUGCAUGGCGUCGGGGCUGGACUUCCGGAGACUGGAUGGAAGCACGAAAUCAGAGGAGAGGCUCAGGAUCGUGAAGGAGUUCAACAGCACGCAUGACGUGAACAUCUGCCUCGUGUCCACCAUGGCUGGUGGAUUAGGCCUCAAUUUUGUUGGUGCCAAUGUUGUUAUAUUAUUCGAUCCAACUUGGAAUCCAGCCAACGAUCUUCAAGCCAUUGACAGAGCAUAUAGGAUCGGGCAGUGCAGAGAUGUCAAGGUGUUCAGGCUGAUUUCCUUGGGAACUGUGGAGGAGAUCAUGUAUUUGAGACAACUGUACAAGCAG